AUGACAGAAACUGAAAUGAUCAACAAUCUCGGAACAAUCGCAAAAUCUGGAACCAAAAUUUUCAAGAGUACAAUGGAUUGUGAUUCUAUGAUCGAUAAAUUCGGCAUAGGCUUCUACUCCGUGUAUCUUGUGGCUGAUAAAAUAGUUGUUACAUCCAAGCGUUAUGAUGAUGAUCUAUACGAGUGGGAGUCCAAUUCGCAUCAACGUUACAGUAUUAGGUGUGACCGCACUAACAAUUCAAUGGAACAUCAAACGGGGCAUUUGCGAGGACAUAAUCGCGAUAAACUGGCGCGGCUUCUGAAAUCUCGCACUUCCGCGUCCGGUGACGAGGCGUGUUCGCUGCAGGAUUAUAUCAAUAGGAUGAAGAAGAACCAGCGAUACAUUUACUUCAUCGCCGGCGAGAAUAUAAAGCAGGUAGAGGAUAGCGUGUUUAUCGAGGCGUUGAAGAUGCGCGAUAUCGAAGUGAUUUACAUGACUGAUCCCAUCGACGAAUUCAUGCGGUGA